CAGAGAGCUAUUUGUGGCCUGUCGCUUCGCACACCAGCCACAGAAAGAACAGCAUGGAGACGCUUCUUUUUCUAUUUCCUCAAUUCAACUACAUGGCCCCAAAGGAGGAAGCGUAUUUCAAAAUGCUUGGUCCAGAGGACUUGCAUGCACCAAAGAUGAAGGACGAUACUAGCAGACAGAAAGACAAGGAGAGGAAGAGCCGACUAAGCCUUUUUCUCACCAAGUCAGGCUCUCAUGAAAACGUCAGUCCCCAUAAAAAGACAAAUACGACACCCAGCAACAUCACAGCAGAGGCAGCUUUGCAAUGGAGCGACUCCUUUGAAGAACUGCUGAAGCACUCAGAUGGGGUGGAAAGCUUCUCUCAGUUCCUCAGGACAGAGUUCAGCGAGGAAAACAUUGAAUUCUGGUUGGCCUGUGAAGAAUACAAGAACAUUGAUUCUGAGACGAAGCUGCUGUCCAAAGCCAAAUAUAUUUAUACGGUGUAUAUUGAAUCGGAGGCCCCUAAAGAGGUCAACAUUGACUACAACACCAAGAUGGCCAUUCAGAAGGUCAUAGCACAUCCCACAAAGACCUGUUUUGAAGCGGCCCAGAUGAAAGUCUACAGCCUGAUGAAAAAGGACUCCUACCCCAGGUUCCUCCACUCUGACAUUUAUAUGCGUCUCACCAGGAGGAAAGGCCCGGGGGCAACCAUGUUUCGCAGAAGGUCACGCUCCUGUGUGUUCAACGACAGGGGCGAGGCCACCAACGAACCUUCGGCCUGGUAGUGGUAACUGCAAAGUCGCUCACUCUGUGAAUGAUGAUAUUAUUACACAGGAGAUGAUCCAUGAUUAGCAGCACAGUUGUUGAAACUUGAUGUUUGGUGCAGAGGCUUAUUAUCCACAGGUUUGCUUCUGCAGUGAGUGUUAUUUUUUAUAACCACUGAUGUCACAGUGGAUCAUGUCACUCACAUAUUGUCAUGGCAGCUUGCCAGUGGUGAACAAUUCAAAGAAAUAGUUUGACAUUUUGGGAAACAGGCUCAUUUGCUUUCUUGCUGAGAGUUCAGUUCGAAGAUUGACACCACUCUGAUGUUUGUAGAUAAAUGCAGCUUUGGUCAACUGGUUAGCUUAGCUUAGCAUAAAGACUGGAAACAGAGGGAAACAGCUAGCCUGGCUCUGUGCAAUGAUAGAAGAUAAUAAAAAUCCCCCUAUCAGCACCUCUAAAGAUAGCUAAUUAACAUUUUAUAUCACUUUUGUUCUGUGUAAAAACCUACGAGUGAAAAAACAAACACUGCUGUGUUUUAGAGGAUUGUGUGUUGUUAUUUGGGGGGAUGAAGGAUUCCUGUAAUGUGUGCAGUAACUUCCUGGGGUCUUGUCAUCAGUGUGAACGGAGACUUCAGGAAGUCACUGUUUAAAUAAGAGCAGUGGUGGGCAGGUUACGCUUAAUAUUAACCAUAGGCAUGAGAGUGCUAUCAGUAUCAUCUUCUUCUCCUCGCCUUGGCAAUAAACUGAACAAGCAUAUUUCCCAUGAUGUCAAACUGUAAGUACUAUACUACACAGCUGGAUAACAGCUGACACCUUUACCCUUUCAGCUAUAUCAACAAGUUAAGAAAUGUUACGGGGCCACUACAUCAGAGGCACGUGGUCAUCAGAAAAUAACAGACACCCUCUGGUCAAUCAGAACUGAGCAUUCUCCGUGGCCAUGGUGUAAAACCAGAGUAUUCACUUUGCACUUGUGGACCAAUCCAUUCAUUCUCUUUCUCGGAGGCAAAGCUCAAAUCUUGAAGCCAAACUUGAACAAAAGUGGAACAGCUAAGCCCCGUUUCCACCAAACACUUUCAGUAUGGUACCUUUGGAACCAACAGUAACCCUUCAGACAUGGUACCUAGACCCUUGCGUUUCCCCCACAAACAGUACUCUUAAAUGUGGGCGGGGCUGUUGUCACACGCUGCUCCAUCCAGCACUGGCUGUAUUUCCUCCUUUAUCAGUCUGCACCUCGUUUGUCGUCCACAGAACGAGGCUGCACGCCAACAUUUUCAAAACAAAAUAGUUACAGUUUAUAGUUAUAGUUAACUAAUGUAUGUUAAACUCAGUAUGAACAGUGGUUACAUGAGCCUCAAAACCAGCCACAGCUCAGCCCUGAGCAGAGUGACCUCUCCUCUCCUCUAUUGACCAAUCAACAGACUGCAGUGUUCACAGCUCCACCUUUUAGUACCAGAUCUGUGUGCUAGGUACCCCAACAGAGGGGGGACCAAAAAUGGGGACGGUACAGAACUGUUGCAUUGGUACCAUCCACAACUUUUUAAAGUGGAAACGGAAAACAAGCGCACCAAACUGAACCGUACCGUACAGCUCAGUGGAAACGGGGCUUUAGAGACUGAAUCUGAACUGCAGUGCCUCCACAUGAUGCUGUCAGUAUCCAGCCAGAUGCACAGCCAGCCACACCGAGGCCACUCUCCCGACCUCAGACACAGUACACUUCAGUUGCUUUGUCUUCCGAUCCAGCAGUAGCACCUUAAACAACCUUAAUACAGCUGAUAUGGCGCACAAGCUAAUUUGACCAUAUCUCAUUAAAGUGGAUUCAUGAUUUUUAUCCCCCGCGCUGUCCAACCCCCUCCAGACUAACUUGCAGUGAAAGCCUGCAACCACGGCAACUGCAAAGCACCGAAACUUUUUAAUGAGGGAUACACUAUAUCUCUCAUUUCUGUUAUGAAUUCAAAUGUAUCCCAUUUUCACACAGACAAUGCAUUUAUCUUAUUUGAAUACUAAUAUGACAUUAUAUUAAUUAUGAUUGCUGUUUUUCAGUUUGCUACCAUCUAAUAUAAUUUAUGUAUCACUAUAUAUGCUCAUGUGUUGCCUUGCUGUUGUAAAAUGUACAUACUGAACUCAAAUAAACACUUUCUUAUAGGAGCAGUUUUAA